AUGAGCCAUGUUGAGGAGAUUGCAAGGAGGCUCUUUGUUGAGCUGAAUCAUGAGGCCAUUGGCAUCCUAGGGGAUGGUGGCUUGGUGAUCCCUAGCAGCAACAAUGAAGAAGAGAUCGCUGAAGAGGAGGCCGACGAGGAGGAGAAGAAGGAAGAGGUGAAGGACGAGCCUACGGGCAGUGGGUCACCGUCGAGGAGCUAG